AUGUCUCACGAAUGGAUUUUAAGCGCAUCGGGAACAAUGAGGGAUACUGACCAUGAAGAGGGGUUGCAGGAUAAAGGUGCUGUCAUUGCCAAUAAUGACAGAGAAGCCAACGAAAGUGACAGUGAUAGUGAAGAAGAUGGUUCGGAUAUGUUUUCCUUCGAUUUUGACGAGGAAAUUGUAGUGUGUAUUGACCUCUCUGCAGGUAAACUUGGAUGUUCCAUUUUAGAUUAUCAUACCAAGACUUUACAAGUGUUUAACCAGGACUACGUCGUCAAUAAGACAACAAUUUCCUCUCAUGAUCUUAUCGACGACGCAGAUUCGUCUGCAAACGACAUCAGUUUGUUGAUUGGACUUUUAAUAAUGGAAGUGACCCCAACUAUAUGUCUAGUGCCAGUGAGGUUGGAGGAUUGGAUUUUUGACUACGUAAAGACGAAAUGCGAUGAGAUAAAAUGUAGGCUAGAACUGCAACCAAUAAAAUGUUUCAAAAAAUGGAAUUUGUUGCAGUCAUUGCAGUUAAGGGGUCAUGAUAAUUUGACUAUAUUAAACGACAUAUUGUCAAAUAGCAGAUUUACCACCACAGUCACCUUAGGUACGAUAGGAUGCAUCCUUGCGAAUCACGAGCAGCACGUGCAACGAGAUGAGUACAAUGACAGUACUGCUACAAACAAUAUGAUAACAGGACGACAAGUUCAAAAUACGUUUGAAGAUGUGAUACAUGACAUAACUUAUAUCGACAUAAGGGAUCGAAUGGUACUGGAUGAAAAUACUAUAUCGGCUUUGAAUAUUUUUCCUACAGCACAUAUAGGCCAUGAUAACAUGAUGAGAAAUGGUUUCCUUAGUAUAUUUGAACUAUUCAAUCAAGUUUCAUCGGAUUACGCCAGGAGAAUUUUGAAGUCCUGGCUUUUUAACCCCUUAACCAAUAGGGAACAGAUAGAAAAAAGAUAUUGUAUCAUAAGAACCCUGUUGGAUAAACAAAAUGCCAUUAUUUUUAAUGAACUCGCCCAAUCAAUUAAGGGAUGCCCUGAUGCUUUCGGAUUUAUAAAUCAGUUAAGAAGUGGUAAAUCCACAUUAGGGACCUGGACCAAGGUUGCGAGUUUUUUAGAAAAGGGCAUAGCUAUAUUUCAAUUGGUAUCGGCGUUGAAAUUGGGUUCUGUUGACGGAACCAUUCUACAUGAUAUCAAAUAUAAGGUUGAUUUAUCAGCAUUAAAAGAAUGCUUGAGAAAAGUAGAAACGGUAAUAGAUUUUGACGCAUCAAGAGAUACUAAAUCUCUCACGCUAAACACGGGAAUUGACAACAGAUUGGAUGAAUGCAGAAAUAUAUACAACCAUUUGGAAGGAAUCUUACUGGAUGUUGCAAGAGAGGCUCAAACAUUUUUACUCAAUACUCUGCCUCAAACAGAUUGCAAGAUAACAAAGAGUUUAGAAAAAUUGGUCAAUGCCGUUUACAUUCCCCAAUUAGGAUACUUGGUCACUGUUAACGCCUUGAUGGAAUCUUUCUUAGUCAAUAUUCCAGACCUUGAAUGGGAAGAGAUCUUUAGGAGCCCAGAAAAUAUUUACUUCAAGAAUGACAGGGUUCUUGAAUUGGAUGAAACAUAUGGCGAUAUUUAUGGAGCAAUUUCAGAUUUUGAAAUUGAAAUCUUGUUCUCCUUACAGGAACAAAUCUUGAGAAGGAAGACUCAAUUCACUGCUUACAAUAUACUACUCAGUGAACUAGAAAUAUUAUUAUCGUUUGCUCAAGUAUCCGCGGAAAGGAAUUAUACAGAGCCUCAAUUGGUAAAAAAUGAGUGCAUUUUAGAGAUUACUAAUGGAAGACAUGCGUUGUAUGAAACGUUCCUUGAUGAUUAUAUUCCCAACAGCACCAUGGUCGAUGGUGGGUUAUUUUCUGAAUUAAGUUGGCGCAAACAAAAUAAGGAAAGAAUCAUUGUAGUAACUGGCGCUAAUGCAUCUGGAAAGUCUGUAUACCUUACUCAGAACGGUUUAAUUGUGUAUUUGGCACAAAUCGGUUGUUUCGUUCCAGCAGAAAGAGCAAAAAUUGGAAUAGUAGAUAAAAUAUUGACGAGAAUCAGAACUCAAGAGACCAUUUAUAAAACUCAAAGUUCCUUUUUGCUAGAUUCCCAACAGAUGGCAAAAUCAUUGAGUUUGGCCACCGAAAAAAGCCUUAUUUUAAUUGACGAAUACGGUAAAGGUACUGAUAUUUUAGAUGGUCCUUCACUAUUUGGUUCCAUAAUGAUUAACAUGUCCAAGAAUGAAAGAUGUCCACGUAUAAUCGCAUGUACACAUUUUCAUGAACUUUUUAAUGAAAAUGUACUCACAGAACAUAUACAAGGUAUCAAACACUACUGUACUGAUAUACUUAUUAGCCAAAACUACAAUAUUUCAGGCACAGCACAAAUUAAAGAAGAUCGCGAAAGUGAGGGAAUCACAUUCCUGUUUAAAGUUAAGAAGGGAAUUUCAAAGCAGUCAUUUGGUAUAUAUUGUGCGAAAUUAUGUGGUUUGAACAGAAAUAUUGUAGAAAGGGCUGAAGAGCUAUCUAACAUGAUUAAUAGAGGUGAUGACGUGGUUCAGCAGUGUGGAAAACUCACCGAAAAGGAGAUGGGAGAGUUUCAAAAGAACCAGGAAAUAGUGAAGAAAUUUUUAUCUUGGGAUUUGGAUCUCGAAACCUCAACGACCUCCGAAAACCUCAGGCUCAAAUUGAAAAACUGUCUUCGCUAA